CUCCUCUUCUCCUGGCAGGUGGUACCCAGGCAGAAUUCUGCCUUCAGUCUCUCUCUCGCUCCGCUCCCGGCCGUGAGGCGCUCGCCGCUGCUCGCUCGCUCCUCCGCCCCAGCUCUGAGCCUCGCCGUGCCGACCGUGCCCGCCGCCGCCGCCGCUGGGCGCACCCGGGGGACGCCCGGGCCCACGCGGGGCUUUGGGGUGCGCGUCUAUUCGAGUUGUGGUGGUGGCAAAGGAGGAAGAGAGAAAGGAGGCAAUUAAAAAAAAAAAAGGCAGCGGACGGGCGAACUGAGCGAGCGAAAGAAGAGGAGGAGGAGGCAGAAAAAGGCAACUUCAGACGGAAAGUUGGUGCGAACUGGCGCAGUCUGCAAAAACGGAAAAGUCGAUCGCAGGCGGCGGCGGCAUAAAAGUGUGAGCUGCCCGGGCGAGCUCAGGAGGCGGCGGCUGGCUCUGCCCUCCCGGUGGCCGCGCCGGCGCCGGCUGCAGCCACAGGUGCGAAGGAGCUCGCGGGGGGCGAGGGCGCCCCGCGCACCCCUCCCCCGGCCCCCACCCCGGGCUCGGGACUUCGGCUCAAGUCACUGGGCGCCCGCGCUCCCUCCCCAGCCGCAGCCUCCGCGGGGGGAGCAGGAGUCGGCAGCAGCGGUCGGCGCACGCACGCCCAGGGGAGUUGGGGUUCGCAGGGGGUUGUUUUCGGCUCUGAAGAGGUCCCCGCCCAACCUUCAAAAUUCUGUCCAAAAGCAGACAAGAGGAUCGCCCCGCGCUGAGCCGGCUGGUGGGCAGCAGGAGGCGCCUGAUCGCCGCCGGGGCGCUGGGGGUGGUGAUGGUGCUGCUGCUGGUGAUCCUCAUCCCGGUGCUGGUGAGCUCGGCCGGCACGUCGGCGCACUACGAGAUGCUGGGCACCUGCCGCAUGGUCUGCGACCCCUACGGGGGCACCAAGGCGCCCAGCACCGCUGCCACGCCCGACCGCGGCCUCAUGCAGUCCCUGCCCACCUUCAUCCAGGGCCCCAAAGGCGAGGCCGGCCGGCCCGGGAAGGCGGGUCCGCGCGGGCCCCCCGGAGAGCCCGGGCCACCGGGCCCCAUGGGGCCCCCGGGCGAGAAGGGCGAGCCGGGCCGCCAAGGCCUGCCGGGCCCGCCCGGGGCGCCCGGCCUGAACGCGGCCGGGGCCAUCAGCGCCGCCACCUACAGCACGGUGCCCAAGAUCGCCUUCUACGCCGGCCUCAAGCGGCAGCAUGAAGGCUACGAGGUGCUCAAGUUCGACGACGUGGUCACCAACCUCGGAAACCACUACGACCCCACCACCGGCAAGUUCACCUGCUCCAUCCCGGGCAUCUACUUCUUCACCUACCACGUCCUGAUGCGCGGAGGGGACGGCACCAGCAUGUGGGCUGAUCUCUGCAAAAACAACCAGGUGCGUGCUAGUGCAAUUGCCCAAGAUGCUGAUCAGAAUUACGACUAUGCCAGUAACAGUGUGGUUCUUCAUUUGGAGCCGGGAGAUGAAGUCUAUAUCAAAUUAGAUGGCGGGAAAGCCCAUGGAGGAAACAACAACAAAUACAGCACGUUUUCUGGAUUUAUUAUUUAUGCUGACUGAUAAUGCAGAAACUAAGCUUAUUAUUCUGAGUUUGAACACUGGAUUCGUAUGGCUAACGUCAGUGAAUCAAGGAUCCCAGGGGAUGCCAAUGGCAGGGCACCUCAGUUGUGUAUAUGUGGGGAAAUCAAAUGCUACCUGACUCACAUCUGUAUCGCUCAGAAACAUUAUGUAAAAAAUAUCAAAGCAAGAUAAGCAGAUGUGUGAUCCACUACCGCCAAAGCAAAUACUCCUUAUCGUUAGUGUCCAUGUGAAUGAAGUCCUAUAUAGAUCACAAAUUUUUAUAGACAAAUCUAAGACAUUGAAUUAUUUCUUCUAUAUAUAUGAUACUUUGGUGUACUGUGAUCUUGCUGCUUUUAUCCAUAUGUCGGCUUUGGUUCUUGUGAGUUUACCUGCUUAUUAUGAUACUUGGAGUCCAUUCAUAGUGUGGGGAAGAAUGAUUUUUGCCCUGCAGGAGAAGGUCUAAUUGAAAUAAUGCUGCUUGUCCCCAAAGAAAUUGUUUGCCUUGUACUCUUGUUAACUUUAGAGCUAGACCUGGGAAUGAUUCAACUUCAAGCCUUAACCUGGAAUUUUCUGGAUUUGAGGGAAUUCCCAAGCCUAUGAUCAUUUUCACAUUUUCUUUUUCUUAUAUGAAUUUUCUUUUCUCUCUUUUCUGGUGAUAGUCUUUAAAAAUAGAGAUUGACAGUGUAUCAUAGGAUUACCCUCUAAGUGUGAAAAUGUGUAAUUAUGUACGGUAUUUAGAAAAAGCCCUUAUGUGUCCAUUUUGUCAACUGAAUACAUUUAGAUUCACUGGGAAA